AUGACCGAACAUAAUGCCAAGCAGGUCUCUCUAGGCCAUGCAGAAACCAAGUCGCACACCCGCCACCCACACUCCGGAAGUGCCCAUCACCGUUCCAUUCGAGCUGACACCCGAUCCAACCUGAGCUAUGAGACAGCCAACGCGGCUGGAGAGGAGUUCACCCAGAUGUACUCCAAGCAGAACGCCAAGCUGGUGUUAGAGUGUGCAGUGAACAUCAACUUCAGCACCAGCAUCUGGCUGAAGGACGGGCAGAUAGUGCAGACCAUCCUCAAAGACAAUACGAACAAUAAGCGGGUGAUCGGUCACCGGUUCCUAGUGGACGCGAUCGGUAACCUCGCCAUAGACAAUGUCAGGCUGGAGGACGACGGCAGGUGGCAGUGCGAGGCGGAGGACGCCUUUGGGUUCGUGGUGCAGGGGAAGCCCAUCCAGCUCACCGUCUUGGACUCCCCCAAGAAGGCGUAUCUAAUGAUCGACAACAGGAUCCUGGACCCGGGCAAUCCAUUCAUUCCCGUCAAGGAGAACGCCGACUUGACCGUCUCCUGCGUCGUGGACGAAGGCAACCCUAAGCCUUCCCUAUCCUGGGAACUCACACUGGGCUCGCUGGCUCUACUAGAUGCUCCUGAGGUGCCCUUGGAAGUCCUCAACCUUACCGAGACGGUGCGCGACCAAAAAGUGGGCGCCAGGAACGACGCCAGGCUCGGUAGGGUGCUAAGGGCGCACCACAACGCCACCUUGACUUGUUUCGUGAGGCAUAUCGCUCUGGAGAUGCCCCUUAAUGCGUCUGUGCUUCUUAACGUCCAAUACACCCCAUCCUUCGCCAUAUCCCGCGAACCGGGCUUCGGUUUUCCCAUCAGGGAGGGCAUGCCGGUAUCGCUGAAGUGCGACGUAGAUGCCAACCCAAAGGCCCUGCCGAUAUGGCAGAAGGACGAUACCAGCCCGCCAGUGCAGCAAACUCCCGACGGGUUCCUCAACUUCACCGAGAUCAGGAGGGAACACAGCGGGUGGUACAAGUGCAUAGCGAGGCACAGACUGGGAAGGUUCUCUAGCAUAGGGUACUUCCUCAACGUGAGAUAUGACAUGGAAGUCACCCAGGAGCCAGACUUCGACAUCGGCGAGCUCAGCUCCACUGGGAGGCAGCUGGAAGUUUCCCUAGGUGGGGCCGUCCAACUCGCCUGUCCUCCAGGUACGACAGGUUGUUGGACGAGAGUAGAACCAGGAACUGGUCGCCUGGAGCCGAUGGGUGCCUCCCAGGAACUAAGAUUGGACAAUGUGCUGUAUCAAGAAGCAGGGGAAUACCGAUGCGUAGCUCCAACAAGAGACGCAACGCGAAGGUUGGAUUCCCUAAGAAACGCUUUGUCUGUCCAAGUAGUAGUAAAAGGUCGACCUACAGUAGCCCCAACGAACAAAAGCAUCACCGCCGUAUAUGGGCAACCCCUCACACUGACCAUGGAAUUCUGUGCCAAUCCUCCCUACAACAAGGUCCUCUGGAUAGCAAAAAAUAAGAAAGUUUACAAACCCGGCGAUGCGGACAAAACCGUCAUAGCUUAUGGUAUAACGAACUCAACAGAGCCUAACUGCCACCAAGCCGUGCUGUUCCUAACGAAGGUGACAAACGUGGACAUCGGAGAAUAUAGUUUUAUAGUGAGAUCACCCAACGGCCUAACCGAGGGUAAUUUCCACGUGAACCUCACCUACGCGAGCGGCUACAGCGUCCAGCCUGAGGAUGGCGACUCGACGACCGACGGCACGUCGCAUGUUUCUGCGUCAUUUUAUAUAAAUGUGAUUGUUUUAAUAUUGAAUUAUUGUUAUUACUGACUGACUUAGGUAUUCAGAGGACACAACAUCUGCUGCAUCGUGUAGUGUUAAGACCGACACAAGCUCUUAUUUAUUCUAACUCUACUCGCGAUGAUCCCACAUAGUUUUCUUAAGGAAGGAAUCAUUUUUCCCUGUGAAAUAGCCAUUUCCCGAAUUUUCCCGGUCCACUCUCGUACAGAAAAUUGUGCACUUCUUAAUUACUGCCAUCUCAAAACCUCUAGCAACUGGACUAUGUGAAUACAUACACUAAUUUGCCAGAUUACUUAGGAGGGCUCUAUCAUUAAUAGGCA